CAGCCGAGACUUCAUUAAUGCACCCAUUCCAGUGGUGUAGCGGGUGUUUCUGCGGCCUGGGACUGGUUGGCACCAACAAGUCCUGCUCAAUGCUACCCGUCAGCUUUCAGGACCUUCCCCUCAACAUCUACAUGGUCAUCUUUGGCACAGGCAUCUUUGUCUUCAUGCUCAGCCUCAUCUUCUGUUGCUGUUUUAUCAGCAAACUCCGGAACCAGGCACAGAGUGAGCGAUAUGGCUAUAAGGAGGUGGUGCUUAAAGGUGAUCCGAAGAAGUUACAGCUUUAUGGGCAAACCUGUGCAGUCUGUCUGGAAGACUUCAAGGGGAAGGAUGAGCUCGGUAUGCUCCUUUGCAAACAUGCCUUUCACCGGAAGUGUUUGGUAAAGUGGCUGGAAGUGCGCUGUGUCUGUCCCAUGUGUAACAAACCCAUUGCUGGUCCCUUAGAGGCCACUCAGGGCAUUGGUAUCCUUUUGGAUGAGCUGGUCUGAGU